AACGCAAACAAAGGUGAUGCAUCUGUUGUUUUGGUUUGGUUCCGCGGCGCCCUUCGUUAUCAGAUUCUGAUUUUUUUCUGCGGGUUUUUACGUUCAUAUAAAUCUAAAUUGCUGCUGCAUGAAGUGGCGGGAGUUUGUGUGAAGUAUUGAACAACGGCGAUGGAAUUCUACUCCAACGUUUGCCGUCUCUGUGAAUCGCCGGGCCAAGCCAGCUCCAACUGGACCGAGCUUUACGACGAGAAGAACGAGCUUCUGCUGCCAAAGAUCCGAGCUUGCGCCAACAUUGUGAUCCACGAUAACGAUGAACUACCGAGGCGGAUCUGCAAUCGUUGCCGCCAGACCGUGGAACAGGCGUACAACUUCAAGGUGCAGUGCGAGAUAACGGACGCCAAGUUAAGAUAUGAAAUCGAUUUCAUAAAGAAGAACGCCGGGGAUGGGAAGGAGGUAAUGGUUCCGCCGUUCGAUUACAGCCAAUUUCUGCAGGCGCGGGAUCAACUGAAGCCGGAUGUGACUCUGAAUGCGGAGAAGGUUUACGUGAAAACCGAACCGAUUACGGAGGAGGAGGAGGUGGAACAGGAAGUCCCGUUGAAUGAGGAGGAAUUUUGUACCACGAAUGUGGAAGCUGAGCUGAAGGAGAGUAGCGAUUCGGAGGAGGAAGAUGAGGAUGGUGACAAGGAGGAACGCAACUCAGGUGGUUCGGAUAGCGAGCCUGAGCAGGAUUCCGAUUGGUUCGAUAAAGCCAUAUCCGGAGAGAAGAAAAAAGGCGCGAAACGUAAUCCGACCAUGUGCGACAUCUGCGGCGAACAGUUCGCGCGGAAAUACGACCUUAAUGCUCACAAGAGAACUGUCCACGGGAAGACCCAGUUUCAAUGCAAGGAGUGCUUGAAGUGCUUCUCGAGGAAGUCACGUUUGGAGGAUCACGAAGUGCUGCAUUCCGGCAUUCGGCAGUUCGAGUGUCAGGAUUGCGACAAGAAGUAUGCCACCCAGGCAGGCCUAAGGACCCACAUAGAGGACGUGCACACCGAGAAUCUCCCGUACGUUUGCGACAAGUGCGGCAAAGGGUUCUCCAAGGAGGGCAAACUGCGCUACCAUUAUGCGGUGCAUAUCGAAACGCGGGACUUCAUUUGCGACAUCUGCGAGAAGGGUUUUAAGACGCCGGCCCAUCUGAGCUUGCAUAAAACGACCCACCUGCCGCAGGACCAGAAGCGAAAACGGAAGCCCCGGGACCGACAGAAGGUGUGCGUUUGCCCGUUCUGCGGGAAGGUUUCCACCUCGAGCAAUACGCACAAUAUGCACCUCAGGAUACAUACUGGUGAGCAACGUUACGAGUGUCACAUUUGCUUCAAGCGGUUCACCUCUUCCGGAUCGCACAAGAAGCAUCUGCGGGUGCAUUCCGGCGAGAAACCGUACAUCUGCCAGUACUGUCAGAAGCCGUUCCGCCAGAAGCAUCACAUGGACACGCACAUCCGCGGUGUUCACACGAACGAGAAGCCCUAUCAGUGCAAGUACUGCCCGCGGGCCUUUGCCACCCUAGGGAACAUGCGUCUGCACGAGAAGAGUCACGGUGUGCCGGCUUCCGUCGUUAAGGCGGAAACGGCCGUUACCUUUCCGGAAGUUACGACCGUCGACAGUCCGGCUUCGCAAUCCUCGUCUGUAAUGAUGAUUAGCUCCGCACCGUCGCCGAUGAUGAAUCCGGGCGUGAUGAUUCCUCCUGCGACUUCCGGGUUCAAUCUCUACUUCACCGAUGCAACCCAAUAGGAUACGAUCAUUGUGCUUAUUUGAAUUCGGAUAACAAAUUAGGGUAAGUUCUGCUUGUGUAAAUGUAGUCCGUCUUUGAUUGCGGAUGUGAUAUAUCAUA